AUGGCGCGGCCGUGCACGUGGGGCGACGAGCUCACGCUGCGCGCGGUCGUCGACGCCUACGGCUGCGUGGCGCACGUCGUCACGUCCGAGCCGGCGAACUGGUACCUCAAGUACGAGCCCGAGUCGGGCGACGACCGGCCGACGCCGCCCGUGCCCCGGGGCGUCAAGAAGCCGCCGCGCGCGGGCAAGGAGGUCUUCCUCUCCUACAUCUCGCCGAUCCACUACAACGCCAUCGUCGCCGGCGCGCGCUAA